AUGUCCGCCCAAAAGUUGAAGAUUGGCUGCGCAGGUCUCGGUCGCAUGGGCAAGCGCCAUGCCCUGAACUUUCUGGAGCGCACUCCGCGAGCAGAAUUGGUUGCUGCCAGCUCCCCGGACGAUGCAGAGCUAGAGUGGGCAAAGGUUCACCUUGCCCCUUACGGAGUGAAGCUCUACAAGAACUAUGACGACAUGCUCAAGCACGAAGGCCUAGAAGCUGUCGUUGUGGCCUCUGCCACUGCUGUGCAUGCGGAACAGGCAAUCAAAGCCAUUGAUGCCAACAAGCAUGUCCUCUGCGAGAAGCCCCUGUCCACAAGUGUCGAGAUUUCGCAAACCGUCCUCGACGCAGCCGCCCGAAAGCCUGAACUCAAGGUUAUGUGCGGGUUCUCCCGGCGAUUCGACGCUUCAUACCGCGACGCACACAAGAAGAUGACCCAGGGCUCCAUCGGCUCGCCGUCCGUGAUGCGCAGCCAGACCUGCGACAAGCUCGACCCAACCGGCUUCUUCGUUGCCUACGCAGAGUUCUCCGGGGGCAUCUUCGUCGACUGCUCGAUCCACGAUAUCGAUCUGGCGCUAUGGUUCUUCGGUCAGGACAGCAAGGUCAAGUCCGUCUCAGCCGUGGGCAUCACGGCGGUCGAGCCGGACCUCCGCAAACACAACGACCGCGAUAACGCGGUGGGUCUGGUCGAGUUCUACAAUGGCAAAAUCGCAUACUUCUACGCCUCGCGCAUGAUGGCUGCGGGCCAGGAAGAUACCACCGAGAUCAUCGGCACCCAGGGCAAGCUCACCGUCAACGCCCAGCCAGCCAUGAACCUGGUCAACAUCUUCGACAACACCGGCGUGCGUCGAGAGAUCCCCCAGCACUACUACGACCGCUUCGAGUACGCAUUCGUCACAGAGGCUAAUGAGUUCACGGCCUCGUGCCUCGACAACAAAGACGUCCCUCUGAAGCUCGAGGGUGCUGUCCAGGCUGUCCGGAUAGGAAGUGCUCUCCAAGAAUCUCUGAUUACCGGUCAGAAGAUCUUCUUUGAUGAGGCGGGCAAUCGUGUCGAUAAGCCGAGGCUUUGA